AGAAGGGAGAAGAGGAAGAGGAGGCGAGAAGGAGCAUGGAAGCAAGUAUGGUGUCCGGUGCCUGCAUGCCUGACUGCUGACGAGGCUGGGAAGCGAUGCGUGCGGGCGUCGGAGAAGGCCAGCACGCGGAGACUAGACCCUUUCCCGGAUCGCGUGAAGUCGGACACGGCUAAGAAGAAACCGCCGCCACCCAAGAUCAACAACAACAAGGCCAGCGGAAGCCAGUCGAGCUCCGAGCAAGGAUACAUCUGUGAUAGCGAGAGCGAAGGAGACACAAAGGUCUCUGAUGCGGAGUCCGACCUCUUCAGGGCAUCAAGUAAAGGAUCAUCUGUUGAGGGUCGUCUUGGGGAAAGCACAGCAUCAGUGCGGCCAAACGUCACAGAUCCACCCAAGCCCCUUGCAGUCAGGCCAGAACGACCACACCAUCCAACUUACAGCAAUGGUCCAGUUGAAGUUGGCCACUACCCUGCAAACUUUCCUCCUCUGAACACCGGUGCUGUAGCCUCCACCCAGCCUCCUCCUGCAGCAACUGCUGGGGACCAUAACAAGCCAGCCUAUCUGCCUACUCAUCAACCACACAUUCCACAAACCCCAACACAACACUCCCCAUCUCUCACUUCACCACAUUCUCACCCACACCAUAUACCUCAUACACCACCUAUCACCUCAUCAUCCACACCAACUUCUACAACGCACACACCUCACACACCGACACUUCACACUCCAACACAUCACACAUCAUCACUUCAUACCCCAGUGCUCCAUACACCACCUCUUCAUUCACCAGCACAUCACACACCACCUGUCCACACACCUCAUACUCCCAUACCCACACCCACACCCCCUCAGGCACCCAGGCCACCACCUCAUAUACCCCACUCACCAUCAUCACAAUACCUCCCUCAGCCUGUGGCUUCAUCUACAACCACAACCAGUACUACCACCACUACCACUACCACCACUACUACUACUACUGCAGUAACAACAAGCACCACCACUGUAAGCAGCAUCACUCACAACCAUGUGGGAAACAGCAAUCGAGUGAGCAAUGGGCCAGUGGCAGGUGGGGGUGGGGGUGGUCAGGGGGUGGGCACACCGGUAAACAAGUACAGUGUGAGAGCCUUGGUGUCUCCCACACCACCGCAGCACAACCAUUAUAAUAACAUAAAGCCAAGUCCAGUUACAUCCCCACGUAAUCACGUUCGAUCUCCUCAUCCAUCUCCUCUUGGUACUACACCAAGUGCUGCUGCAGUCAAGCCUCCCGUCUCCUCCAGCACCCCAGCUGGGGCAGCUGCUGCACCACCCAUUCCCACAGCUCCAGUCUCAGGGGCUGGCUCAGGGCCAGCAGCACCUACCCUGCCAUUUGGAGUUAAGAUUGAACCAGGUGAAUCCAUACGGCCAAGUCCAGUCAACAAGAACAUCCAUCACCCCACCCACUCAGUGCCAGCUACAGCCACAGUCAAAGUAGAGCCUGGCUACACACGCUCUACUCCGCCUUCUACAACCAAGGUCUCCGCUCCUCACGUACAUUCAACAACUUCGUCUUCAUCCAGACACUCUCCUAGGACUCAGGAUCAUCACAUUUCACCGUAUAGCUCUGCAAGUACAAUUGUUAGCAGUGCAGCUCCUAUAUCAUCAUUAUCACGUUCGUGGCCAAGUCCCACUCCCUGUUCAGCUCCGAGCACUUCUAGCAGGUUAUCUUUGAAUCGUCCACCUUUGGCUCUUCCUGCAUUUCCUCUGCCGCAUCCCCCAGUCUCUGCUCCGCUGCCGCCAUCGGGCAUGUUCGCACCACCUGUCCCACAUUCACAACAACAACUUGGUUCUUCCUCCCUCAUUCCACCCACACACUUGCCACCUGACCCUCUUGGUCAGGCCGAUCUUUUACGUAGAGAAUUGGAUUCCCGCUUUUUGGCCCAACAAGAAAGGCCAUUUGGAAUCGGUUCCGGUGUCUUGGGAAGCUUUGGUGCUCCUCCUGCCUUCCUACGUGCGGAAAUGCACCAUCACCAGCACCAGCACACACAUGUCCAUCAGCAUCUUCUACCACACAUGCCACCACCACCACCUCUUCCUCCACCUCCAUCAAGCCUUUUUACUCCUUCAGCACCUCCAUCAAUGUUCAAAGAGGUUAAAGUGGGCCUAGAGAACAGCCUGUACCGAGGAGGCAACCUCAGCAGUAAUUACAGUUCUGGCAUCUCGCCUUUGGUGCAUCCUCCUCCAUCCACUUUCGCUCCCCCAUCUCAUCUCACUUCUGUACCACCCAAAAUUGGUGAAACCAGUCAGCGCAAACCAGUGAAGACGGGUCGUUGGAACGCAAUGCAUGUUCGCAUUGCAUGGGAGAUUUACUACCAUCAACAAAAACAAACACCAGAAAAACCAAGUGCCAAGCUAACUCCAGAUCUUCUGCAGCCUCCGUCUGGGCCUGGGGUUGGGGCAGGUGCUGCAGGAGCACCAAUAUUCCCUACUCUCCCAAGACCACCUGACCUUGGGACCUCAAUAUUUGGUCCUGGACCAUCUCAUCGUUAUGAGUCUCCGCUUUUAAAUCAUCCCCACCUCACCCCUUCAGUGCCUGGCCUCAGUGGCACCAGGUACCCUGGUGGAGCCCCUGGACCUCCCCCAUCAGCAGGUGUUCCCUCUGCAGCCUUUCACCAUGGUGGCAUCACACCAACUUCUAUACCAGGGCCCCCACCAGGUUCCAUGUUCUCCAGGGAAACAUUACCAACCGGGUUAACAGUGCCUCAACCGACACCUCAUGAUGCAUGGAGGGUGCGUGCCCCAACGCCAUACGGAGCCGGUGCUGGGCCAUGGCCCAUUAAGCCUGACAUGGCAAUGUAUGAAAGAGAACGGAGGGAAGAAGAGAGACAGAGCCGAGAACGUGAAGAGAGAGAACGCAGAGAAAGAGAAGAGAGGGAGAAGAGGGAGCGAGAGGAGAGGGAAAGGAGAGAACGUGAAGAAAGACGAGAAAGGGAAGAAAGAGAACGAGAACGUGAACGACGUGCUGAGCUUGACAAGGAUCGGGUUGCCCGUGCCUUGGAUGCUAGUCAUGACCGUGUGCUGCCCAGGAGAGAUAGUUCACGGUCACCACUUCGCCCUGAUCAUAAAGACCAGCCUCCUUCACACCCAUCUUUGUCCUUACCAGGCUCUAAUCAUUUACCACCUGGGGCAGUACCCUCCUCCAGUAUGAAGACAGAGGGGCGCCCAGAUUCAAGACCUGGAUCCAGGCCAGGGUCUAGGACAUUAGAUUCUAGAAUUAAACUGGAAGGAAACAAGGAUGAGGUGAUGAUUGUUGGUGGAAAGGAAGCACCUCGCCACCUACCUCACAAUGUGCCACCACCAUGCUUACCACCGCCUCCCGUAUCUGUUGGGAUGCUGCCUUCCCACUCCCUUGCUGUAACCAUGGCAACCACUUCUGCCAGCCAAGCUUUGGAUCGUGCUCGUUUACUAGGUCCUUCGGCAUAUCCUGGUGGAGUCCCUCCUCAUUUAGGACCCUGGGCAGAGCCCUUUAGAGAUCCUUAUCGCUCUGCACAAGAGAUGUCCGCAGUUAGAGCUCACGACCUAGCAGCUAGGGAAGCUUUGUUGAGAGGGGAUCUACGGGAUCCAAGAAUGAGUCUGGUGGCUAGAGAAGAGCAGCUGCUGCAUCCUAAUCCAUUAUCAUCACUCAUUCUAAGUGAACGAUAUAGAGAACAGCAGCAGCAGCAGCAUCAGCAGCAAGCCAGAGAAAUAUUUGAACAACGUCACCUUGCUGCUGUAGCCUCUGGAGCAUUAUAUCCUCCCACAUCAUUACUUCCUCCACAUCCAGCUGUUUCACAUAUGGCAUCUACCUUACUGAAAGGAGGUCCAACCUUAGGCCCUGGCCCCCCUGGUCCCAGUCUGCAUCCAUCACUGGGCUCAGUGCAUGGUCCUUCACACCCAGGGGCACCAGGCCAUCCCCAGCCACCACCACCCUUAGGACCUGGCUUGCCUCCACCUCUCAUCCCCUCAAUGCGUGGCACCUCUCCGGCUCACCCACGGCCUCCAGAUAAAAAGGAUGACCCACGCUGACUCUAGUCAUCCCCGAGUCUAACAAAAACCCUCAGGUGGUAUUCAGCAGAGGCACUAGCUAAGGCUGAAACUCAAACUACCUGCUGCUAAAGGAGCACCUUUGUUGGCGGUGGUGCAGGGCGGGCAGCCCACAAGACUAAAGCACAGCCCCAAGGGCAAGCUGAAGUCAACGUGUCUUUCAUAAUGAUCAGGCUGUGGAUUGUAACACAAGUUUUGUACUAUACUUGUACAGUAAGGUGGUCCAGGGCCACAUCCUCCAUUGUCCUUUUAUUUAACAAUUUUGUAGAUAUUAAUUGUUUUCCUAAAGUAUUUUGUAGAGAAAUCAAAUUAAUAUGGACUUGACUGAAAUGAUCUGAACCAGACUGACACUGACAUUUGUUAAACUGUUUCUAAAUAAAUAAGUUUGUUAA